AUGUUUAUGCCUCCAAACACUACCUCACUUCUUCAACCAUUAGACCAAGGGGUGAUUGCAGCGUUUAAGGCCUAUUACGUACGAAGAACUUUUCAACGUCUAUUAAAAAACUUAGAAGAAGAUCCAGAACUUACAGUUACACAAGGAUGGAAAAAUUAUGACAUCGCUAAAUGUCUCGUCAAUAUCAAAGAAUCACUGGAUGAAGUUCAGCCCUCGACUAUAAAUGCUUGUUGGCGAGAAUUAUGGCCAGAAGUUGUGUUAAAAAGCGAUAAAAUUGACAAUCUGAACACCACGGUGAAUCAAAUCGUAGAAAUUGCUCGGAACGUAAAAGGUUUUGAUGAGGUAAAUAGAGACGACAUAGAAGAAAUGAUGUUGAACUAUGAUCAGGAACUUACGUUGGAGGAUCUAGAAGAAAUUACCGAAACCCCGAACGAACCAAAACAAUCCGAGGAUGAUGAAGAGGAAGAAGAACCUGUGAAGCCGGAUUUCUCCUCUAAAUCAAUCAAAGAGAUUUUUUCAUUAGCAAACCAACUAACUGAACAAGUUCUUAUGACGGUUCCACUCACUGAAAGAGCAUUAAAGUUUAAAAGAAGAAUCCAAGAAUUGCUGGUGCCUUACGAAGAAGUUCGCAAAGACAUAGAAAACAAAAGGAAACAAACAUCA